UCUCAGAAAAUACCGUAAAGUGACGUAAAAAAAAGCCUCGCGUAAUAAAAUCACUCCGCUUUGACAUGAUAUGAACUUUCCGAAUCUCCGAAUGAAAGAAAGUCGCGAAGUGGACGCUGCGAUUGUGGGAGAUUUGCAGGAAAAAGCACUUUAUUGGGGAGUUAGUCAGCAAUGACUGACGCUGAGGGGACGGAGUUCAAAGUGGAGCAUGUCGAUAUCAAGGAGGAUCACGAGGAGUCGGUGCAGGUGAAGGAGGAACCGAAGAUAAAGACGGAAGAGAAGGAUGAGCCGGACGUGGAGACGUGCUUCCUGGCCAUUGAGCCAGAGAUGGACAUUUACUCAGAGGGCGAGGAGUGGAAGCCACCGCCGGACUUGCCCACGCUGACCGAGGGAAAUGUGUCAGAAUCGUCCGGAGAGCGUGAAUUGCGGCGGAAGAGGAAGCGCUGUCGGCAGAAGUUACGGAAGGACGACAAGGAGACUGGCGAGAAGCCUCAGCUGCCGUUGCUGUCUUGCUAUAUUUGUGGCAAGAUGAACAGAACGGCUUAUGCUCAGCUUCGGCAUUUGACUGAACACUAUGAGAAUCGCGGAUCGAUUACUGCACACGAGUAUCCGUGCGAAGUGCUCCCCUGCGGGCGGAUUUUCACAGCGCGGAAGUUCCUGGAGGGUCACAAGCGACUUCACGAGGUGGAGAAGCUGUUUGACUGUAAGGUGUGCAGCCGGAGCUUCUCCAGCGAUCGAAUCCUGCAGAUUCACCGGCGCGUGCACGAGAUUGAGAAGGAAUUCAACUGUGAAAUUUGCACGGAGAGCUUCGUGUACGAGAACGCGCUAAUCAUCCACGUGGAGGAGCACAUCAGCAAGCAUCCGUUCUCGCGGGAACUGCUGGACAUUCACGUGAUGCCGACUUUUGAGGGGAAUUCCAGGGCGAAUCCGAAUGUUGACCAGGAACUCCUGACUGGCGGGAUUCUGUUUAAGUGCAGCCAGUGUCCGAGGAGAUUUGCCACAUUCAACGAUCGACGGAAUCACCAGAACAGAGAUCAUCCGAAGAUGAUGGCGUGCGAAGUGUGCGGAAAGGUGCUGAGGGGACCUUUUGCCCAUCGUCUUCACAUGGUGAUUCACACGAAGGAGAAGCCGUUCAAGUGUAAAUUCUGCGAUGAGGCGUUUCGCAAUCCCAACACGCUGGUGAACCACAGAAGGACGGUUCACGGGAUGGGCAAUCAGAACAGGAUUUAUCGUCCGCAUCAGUGUGAAACGUGCGGCAAAUCCUAUUGCAAGAAAUUCUCCCUCAAUGAACACAUCAACUCGAAGCACAAGGGAAUCAAGCUGAUUUGUGAUCUCUGUGGAAAGUCUUAUGGGACGAAAUCGCGGCUGAAGAUUCACUUUCAGAAGGUUCAUCUGAAUGAGGACGAGAAGCCGUUGAAAGUGCCAAAGGCACCGCGAGUGUCGAAGUUGUCCAAGGCGGUGAAGAUACCAAAGUGUCCGGAAUGUGGCUUCCUGGCGUCGACGAAGAAGGGCUUGCGGAAGCACCGAAUGACGGAUCAUUAUAAUAAUCUGCACUGUGAAGAGUGCAACAUCACCAUGGAUAACAUUCUCUUGUAUCGAACUCACGCUGAAGAUCACAAAGAUGGGAUCUCCGUCGUGAGCGGACCAGGACGUCACGGGCAGAUCUACGGAUGCUUGCGGUGUGAUAAAUUCUAUACAGAUCGACGCUUUCUCCGCGAGCACAUCAACAUGACACACAAUUCCAUCACCUUCACGUGCGAUCACUGCGAGAUGAUCUUCCAGACGAAGAGAGCGAUGGUGCGUCACUUGUCCUCGACGCAUGGUGUCGAGGAGAAGCAGCCACAGCCCAGGAAAGUGCAAGGAUUGAAGGCGAAGAAGCCCAAGAAGAUGAAGAUCAAGUUUCCGCCACCGUCAGAGACUUCAUCGCAGUCUUCACACCAUUAUCAAAUGGAACCGCCGCAAUCUUCGCCACUGGCGCUUCAGAUUCCCCAUCAAUCGCCAGUCACGAUCGUGGCCGCCAAUCCUCACGCUCAUGUCACGCCGCCGCCGCACGAAAUACAGCAGCAAUUCAAGGUGGAGCCGCAGCUGCAAUACAUUCACUUCGGCAACAUGUAGACAGAUCUCAGUCGUGACGAUUCAGGGGACGAAGGGAAGAUGCUUGGAUGCGUUCGCUGUGAUAAAUCCUACGCUGAGCGACAUUUCAAGUGGAAAUUGUCAGGACAGAAGAGAGCUGCAGCAGCACUCAAAGGUGGAAAAGCACUUCCCUUCGGAUAGGUAAGUAUGUGUAGACGUAGUGAAAGCCUAGGUUGUUCAAAAGUCUAGAGAAUAUCGUGCUUAUUUUACAUAUAAAUCAUGUCUCUAAGAUAAGAAAUAACAUUGCUGGAAAGCUUUUUAUGUAUUAAAAAGAAAUAUGUGCAAAUGAAUAGAUAACUUUUCCAUGGGUUUUCACCAUCAUUAACUGUCAGGAAAUAUUUGAUGUUGAGCCUUUUGCCUGUAAUCAUAACGAAAACCCGCUGCAGUCAUAGAAAAGGAUAAUAGUCAGUGAAGGUGUGAAUGAAAAUAAAGCAACUUUAUUCACCAGAGAUAAAGUAUUCUACAAUACAGAUGAUUUGAUUAAAGAGAACAUUGUACUAAGGAUAAA